AUGGAUUCGAACUCCAACUCCUGCGAGCUGUCCUGGACGAAGAUUGAGGUCGACAUGGACAACGACAACCAGGUCAAGAGGGAACCGCGCUGGCACUGGACCCAGGAGAACACGCUCAAACUGAUCGAGGCCUUUGAAAAAGACUGCAAGGAGCUCUGGGACACCAAGCAUCCAUUAAACAGAGACAAGAACGCGCGCCACGCCAAGCACGAGUACCUGGCGAACAUGUUCGACACCACGAGCGACGAGAUCAGCAGGAAGUUACACAACUUGAGGACGCAGUUCAAUAACGAGCUGAGGAAGAUAAAACGCAAGCAGGCCGGCGGGGAGGGGGAGCGGGGGAACAGCGGCUGGGAGUACUUCGACUCGCUGGCCUUCCUCAUGCGGGAACCCCUCCUCGACCCCCUCGACAACACCGUGGAAGGAGUCAAUCUGGCGUUAGCGGAAUUCCAAGCUGAUGAGGAGGUGGAAUUCGGUUUAGUCCGUGCUCGUGUGACUAGUCCCGGCUCCCCGGUAGUAAGGAAGCCUGUUCAGAGGGUGGCAGCCUCCGCCCCGCCACCCCUACCAGCCAGCGCUCACCCCAUGAUGUGGCCUGAACAACCAAAACCCAGGAUAAGACCAGGGAUCAACGCUGAUGAGUGUCAGAUAUUCGGCGAUUUUGUUGCAUCUGAGCUAAGGACACUACGGUCAGAUGCUUCACGUAAAAGAUUGAAGAGGAUCAUACAGAAGGCUAUCCUGCAAAUAGGAGAGGAGGAAGACGUGAACAUUAUAAGCGGAUAG